AUGACACAACCAGAGUUUCUCUGUCAACUUGAAUAUGUUGGAUUAUCCAGCUGUGCUGAGAAGAGAAUCCAGCGCGGAAUAAACAAGAGUUUUCGGAAGUCGUUGAAAGCACAACCUAGGCCGACGGUGCUGGCUGUCUACAAUGAUCGCUUUACAUUCAGUUACAAAAAAACCUACCUCAGGUUCCACGACAUCAGAAAGAUCUGUGCGUCUGAGUUCCACAAAACCGUGGUGGCGUGCACUUCAAUUGACGACGACGUGAAAAUCAUUACCAUGCGGUUCGCCAAAGAUAGGGACUACAGGAGGACUGUGCUAAGGUUAAUUGGACUGGUCAGGAAGAAUAUUGAACCCAUUUUCUCACGGAUCGAUACUACUGAAGUUCAUACAACCGAUAUGCAAUCGAUUAGCUUAUCGCCGAUCACUGCAAGCGGCGAGGAACCGUAUCCAACGAUGGAACCUACCCGAAGGUCAGCAAUUUACGAGGUUUACAACCGCGCUGGGAUAGAAACGUCCAGACGCCAGUCUCGCUCGGAAGUAGGUAGGUCGAAUCGGCUGUUGAGUUCCGCAAUUAUCACACCACCACAGUCGCCUAUCUUUGCGGAGAACACACCGAGGCAGGCAGCUCGUCCCACAGCAAUCACCCCGCCACAGCCACCUACUCCCGUAGUGGUCAUACCGAAGCAGACAUCUGAUUCCACAUCAACCACGUCAUCAGCGUCAGCUGAUUCAACAGAGGCCAUCGAGACGCGAGCAUCUCGCCCAGUGCGGCAGAAACUGAUAACUCCAUCUCGUUCGACAAAAGCCACUCAGAAGCAGACUUCAGGUUAUCCAGUGGCUACGCAGACACGGAAAUCGCGUUCUAUGCCGCCCACGCCAAUACCUACGUCUCGCCACACAGUGUCCACGCAAAAGCAUCCAUCGGGUUAUCCCGCGGCCACGCAGACGCUGAAACCUCGUCCCAAACAACCCACGCCAAUGCCCUCGUCUCGUCACGCAGUGGCCAGGUCAGACCAACCACCUGCUUCCAUAGGGUCUGCGUCAAGACAUUCAUCGUCAUCUCCAACGCCGAUGCAUUCAACUAAUUCCAUAGUCACCCAGCAGAGGCAUCUCAUUCAUCCUGCAGUGCUAACACCGAGGUGGCAACAUCGUUCGAGAGCACCAAUGCAGACACCCUCUAGAUCCUCGUCGCCAUCUCCACCCACUCCAUAUGUGUCUGUGAGACGAACAUCUGUGGGCUACAUCCGCACCAGGUCGCUUUCCCCAGAUGGGUUGGAUGCAGACUUAGUCACUAGUUUCGUGAAGUUUGAGGAGCACUGGCGGCCUAGGUGUGUUAAAGGCAUGCCACCAGCCACUGGUGAAUCCCCUAUUGUCCUGGAAGCGUUCUACGAAGUAAAAGGUCGCCCUAGGAAGGCUGCUGUGGACGCCGUGAAGCCCAGGCCCAAACGCAGGCAACCAAGGAAGCGCGUGACGUCGAAUAAGGAGGGAAUCUACCGCUACCUCUCCCAGUAUGACUCCGACACUGACGCCAGUUCUGUGUCGGAUACGUCAGAGGACAAACCAAGCCCCCUAUCCCCAGCUGUCCUCACCCAGAAGAAAGACUCUGAGGUCAGCAAAAACACCGCCCCAGAUCCCAGUAAGCCCCUUUCACCCGCGUUAGUUGAGCCUCCAAGAGUACCUACCCCCUCUGGACAGGGAAACGCCAAUGUAGUGGAGAUACCUACCUCCUAG